CUCGAUUCGUAAAUUUGUACCUUGACGUUUGAUUUGGAAUUAUUCCCAGCAUUUUUCCCCGAUCGCCAUAUCAUAUACCAGAUACACCUCAGAGCUACUCAGCAUUCUCCUCUUACCAACCCAUCAAUCUUCAGAAGACCAUGAGCACCUUUGGUACUCUAUUCCGUGUUUCUACAGCUGGUGAAAGCCACUGUUCUGGCAUCACUGCUAUUGUCGAUGGCGUACCACCCGGCUUGGAACUCAACGAAGAGGAUAUUCAAGUUCAGCUCUCUCGUCGUCGACCUGGUCAAAACAACCUUACCACUCCCAGAAACGAGAGUGACUUGGUCAAAAUUCAAUCCGGGGUCGAGCAUGGCGUGACGCUAGGAACACCUAUCUCACUUUUCGUACCUAACAAAGACCAACGCCCUCACGAUUACUCUGAAACAGAUCUUUACCCUCGACCCAGUCAUGCUGAUUGGACCUAUCUUCUCAAGUACGGUAUCAAGGCAAGUAGUGGAGGAGGACGAAGCAGUGCGCGAGAAACGAUUGCUAGAGUAGCUGCGGGUGCGAUCGCAGAGAAAUUCCUCAAGUUGGCAUACGGUAUUGAGAUUGUUGCAUUUGUCUCCUCGGUCGGUCAAGUACACUUCACAACGGAGAGUCUCAAAUCUCAGAGCUCUAAUGGUACUCCUAUCGCCGCCGAUGAGGACUGGUGCGGACACGAAUUCACAGAAUAUCUGUCUACCGUCACUCGAGCAGAUGUGGACAAGAGUUUGGUCCGAUGUCCACAUCUACCCUCAUCUGCCCUUAUGGAAGAGCGUAUAUUGCAAGCCAAGGCCGCAAGUGAUAGUAUUGGAGGCACAGUGACCUGUGUGAUUAGAAAUUGCCCUACUGGUCUGGGAGAGCCGUGCUUCGAUAAAUUAGAAGCUAAACUUGCUCAUGCAAUCAUGUCUAUACCCGCUACCAAAGGUUUCGAGAUAGGCAGUGGCUUCAAAGGUGUAGAAAUGUCGGGUAGUGUUCAUAACGAUAUGUUUCAAAAAGCUCCAAGUGGCUCUGGCUUGCGCACAGUGACCAACCGUAGUGGUGGAAUCCAAGGUGGAAUCAGCAAUGGAGAAAACGUUUAUUUCCGCUGCGCAUUCAAGUCGCCGGCCACGAUAGCACAAGCCCAGUCUACUGCUACUUAUGCAGGCGAAGCUGGUGUAUUGGCUGCCAAAGGACGACAUGACCCAUGUGUGGUCCCACGAGCGGUAGCGAUCGUCGAAGCAAUGGCAGCAAUCGUCAUGAUGGAUGCCGUCCUACAGCAAAAUGCUCGUAAAAGCUUGGCUGGUCUAUUGCCCACUCCCACUAAGCUACCCAAGACUAUGACUUUCCCCGCGUCAUCCUAGGAACUUGAUAUACUAUCUCGGCUCUGUAUUCAUCAUAACAUUCCUGAAACGUCAAAUUGUUUGCCAUGUAGACUCUCAACUUAUUUGAUUUUCCCUCUAUCUCAUCUUGAUUUGGAAUACAUAGAGUAACUCGUUGAAGCAGCCAAUAAGAAGCCUAUACAUUCUGGCAUUAGGAGU